AUGAAACUAAAUUAUUUAAUCCUAAACUUAUUAACAAUAUUAUUUAAUAUCAGUUUUUAAAAGGAGUAUUUGGUUUCAUCUGAUUUUGUAAAUCCUAAUUCAAACUAAACUCCAGGAUGGUCUCUACCUACAACAACUUAUUAUUGCAGCAAUACUCUUUUUUCUGACUGGAGCGGAUAAAAAUACUACACUGGAGUUCUUGUUAAAGGUUAAACUUAAACGAAAACAAUAAGUUAAUUGCCACCUCACUGGAGCCUUUCAGUGAGAUUUGAUCUUCUUUUGAGUGGUUGUGUUGAUUCAACAAAAAAUGAUGUAUUUAAAAUAUAUAUUGACAAUAAUUUGGUAGAUUCAUAAACAAAAAAUCCCAAUGAUGGAUUAAAAAUUUGUAUUUAAAACGCUGAAUAAGGUACCUGCAACGAUGAAUUAGUAUUAUAUUAAAAAAAUAUUACUCAUUCCUCAAGCUCAGUAACCUUUUCUGGUGUUUCUCAAACAAUUUAAGAUAGAAAUGUAGAGGGAUUUUGCUUCAAAAACUUUUAUUUAUAUAUUGAUACUUGUGAUAUUAGCUGCGCAACAUGUAGUGGUCCUACUAGUAAUUAAUGCCUUACUUGUCCUGCAAACUCAACUUUAUCCUCUAAUACUUGCACUUGCAAGAGUGGGUAUAUUUAGCAUUAAUACUAGUGUGUUUCUACUUGUCCGACAGGCUAUGUUAAAAGCAAGACAAGUAAUAUUUGUAUUUAAGAUUAUAAUUAAAAUUGCGCCUCAUCAGACGCAUAAAGCUAAAUGUGUACUUCAUGCAGUACUGGUUAUCUCUAUUAAGGUUAUUGCGUAGCUUCUUGUCCAUAAACUUCCACUUUAAGCAGUGGUGUUUGUGUAGAUUUUACUGCUUCUUUAAUAAAUGGGUCAUAUCUCUUGAGUGGUCUUUUCAAUAAUUAUUUUGGCUAAAGCGAAAUACUUGGAUUAGGUUUAAUUAUUACCAAUUUUAAGGGACUUAAGUCUAGCUUUGGCUCAAGUGGAGCCUUAACAACAAAUUGUGGAACUAAUCAUAUUUUGGGAGGAUUUUGGUUAUCUGGUAGUGGAGCCACUAUUAGUAGAUCUUGGACAGGAUUAGCCCCUCAUUGGUCGAUAAGGAUUGGGUAUACACUCUGGAAAAUAGAUUAAUGGAAUAAUCAAAAUUUUAUUCUUUCAGUAGACGGAUCAGUUGUUUAACAAAUUCCAUAUGGGUCAAAUGUUGGAACUUCAGAUUUAUGUGGUUUUAAUAAUUAACUAGAUUUAUUUUAGAAUUAAAUUGCUAAUUUUACUCAUAGCUCAACUACACUAACUAUAAAUUUUAGCAAUAGUUUAUCAGGAAACGUAGGUACUUAAUCGUUUGGCUUAAGUAAUCUUUAUGUGCUUGUCGAUUAUUGUACCUCAAAUUGCAUUACCUGCGGAGCAUCUGGCUGUUUGGCUUGUUAAUCUUCAUAUUUUUUAUAUAACAACGUUUGCGUAACUAGCUGUCCUUCUUCAACUUACUUCAGUAACCCUACUACUUGUGUUGAUUGUAAUUCUAACUGCAAAACCUGCAAUUCUCCAGGCAAUAUUUGUACUUCCUGCUAUUCGCCAAAUUUUUUGAACCCAGGUAAUGGUCUAACUUGCUUAGCUACUUGUCCUGUAUCAUAUUGGCCAAGUACUAGUGAUUAAAUUUGUAAGACUUGUGAUUAAUCUUGCUAUACUUGCAUUAGUCCAGGAGGAGCAAAUAAUUGCACAAGUUGCAGUGGAAGUUUAUAUUUAUAUAAUAGUUAAUGCAUUUCUUAAUGCCCAAUUGGUACUUAUUCAUCAACAGUGACAAAUAAUAAUUAAUGCUUACCUUGUAAUUCAUCUUGCAAAACCUGUAGUGGACCUAAUUCAACUGAUUGUUUGAGUUGUUCAUCUCCAAAUUACUUAUAACCAUUAUAGAAUUCUUGUGUAUCAAGCUGUAACUCUAAUUAGUUUGCAGAUAAUACACUUCUUAAAUGCAUUAACUGUGAUAUUACAUGUACUAAAUGCUCAGGUCCUAAUAAUAAUUAAUGCUUAAAAUGUUCAGGCUCUUAUUAUUUUGAUUCUACAGCUACCAAAUGUGUUAAAACUUGCCCAGAUGGUACUUACCCAAAUUCAUCGAAUAAUAUUUGCUCUUCUUGCAAUUCAAAUUGUACUACUUGUUCUGGACCAGCCUCUAAUAGUUGCUUGUCAUGCUCAGGAACGCUUUACUUAGACUCAACAGCAAAUACUUGUGUGUCUACUUGCCCAAAUGGAUAUUACGCUAAUUCUUAAGGAAAUAUUUGCUCUAACUGUAAUUCAAGCUGUACUACAUGCUCAGGUCCAGCUGACAAUAACUGCCUAUCUUGUUCAGGAAAAUUGUAUUUUAAUUCAGCUCUUAAGAAUUGUGUUUCUACUUGUCCAAGUGGAACUUAUUCAAAUUCUAUUGGAAACAUAUGCUCUCCAUGUAAUCCUCAAUGCGCUACAUGUUCGGGAGGAAAUUCUAAUAAUUGUUUAUCUUGCUAAGGUUCUCUUUUUUUUAAUUCAUAAUCUAACUCUUGUGUUUCACCCUGCCCUGAUGGAUAUUAUGCUAAUUCCACAGGAAACUUAUGUUCGACUUGCGAUCCAAAAUGCAAAACUUGCUCUGGAAAUACCCUAAAUAAUUGCUUAUCAUGUUCAGGAUCUUUAUACUUGUAUGGAAAUACUUGUGUUGCUGAUUGUCCUUCAGGAAAGUAUCAAAAUACUAAUAAUAAUACAUGCUCUUCAUGUAAUUCAAGCUGCACUACAUGUUCUGGCCCAGAUCCAAAUAAUUGUCUGUCUUGCUCAAAUUCUUUAUAUUUGAACUCUUCUAAUAAUACUUGUGUUUCAAUUUGCCCGAAUGGGACCUAUUAAAAUUCAUCUGGAAAUAUUUGCUCUGCUUGUCAUACUACCUGUGCUACUUGUUCUGGACCUCUAAUAAAUAAUUGUCUUACUUGCUCUGGUUCCUUACAAUUAAAUCAAACAACUCAUACAUGCACAUCAAGUUGUCCGAGUGGGACUUAUAGUUCCUCAGGAAGCUGUUCUAGCUGUAACCCGAAUUGCUUCACUUGCUAUGGGUCUUAGUCUAAUAAUUGCCUAUCAUGCACAGGAACAUUAUAUUUCGAUUCAAGCAGCAACUCUUGUACAAAUAAUUGCCCAAUUAAAACAUUUGCUGAUAUCUCCAACAAUACCUGCUCAGUCUGUGAUUCUUCUUGCACGAAGUGUUCUGGCCCUAAUCAGAAUAAUUGCUCUUUCUGUCAAGGCUCUCUUUACUUAAAUUAAGCAAACAAUACUUGUAUUUCUGUAUGUCCAAUAGGAACGUAUUCAAACAUUUCAGUCACUUUAGGAAAUAUUUGCUCUGCAUGUCAUUCAUCAUGUACUUCUUGUUCAGGUCCAAAUUCAAAUAACUGUCUUUCAUGUUCAGGCACUUUAUAUUUUGAUUCAUCAAAUAAUACUUGUACAUCUAUUUGCCCAGAUGGUACAUAUUAAGAUUCUUCAAGUAAUUGCUCAUAAUGUAAUUCCACUUGUGCAACUUGUGAAGGAUCUGCUUCAUUUUGCAAAAGCUGUUCUGGGACUUUAUUCCUAGAUGAAAGUACAAAUAGUUGUAAUCCUACUUGUCCUCAAGGUACUUAUUAAAAUGCCAUUGGAAAUAUUUGUACUGUAUGUGAUCCAACUUGUACAACUUGUUCUGGUCCAAAUUCGAAUGAUUGCUUAAGUUGUUCAACAACUUUUUACUUUAAUGCUAAUUAAAAAACAUGUGUUGAAAGUUGCCCACCACAAACAUAUGCAAAUGCUGCAUCAAAUAUCUGCUCAAGUUGUAAUUCAAGUUGCCUAGCAUGCAACGGUCCAGCAUCUAACAAUUGCAUACAAUGCUCUAAUUCUCUUUAUUUAAACUAAUCAUCUAAUUAAUGUGUUUCAAUUUGCCCAUAGGGAACAUUUCCUGAUGGAUCAACAAAUAUAUGCUCUAAAUGUGAUUUAUCUUGCUUUACAUGUUCUGGACCUUCUUCUAGUAACUGUUUAAGUUGUUCUGGCAGUUUAUUUUUAAGCACAUCUGGAAAUGAAUGCAAAAACAGCUGCAAAACCAAUGAGUUUUAAAAUAAUGCAAAUAAUUAAUGUACUCCUUGUGAUUCAAGUUGCUUAACAUGUAAUGGAAAUCUUAAUACAAACUGUCUUUCCUGUUCAGAUCCCUUAUUUUUAUAGUAAUCUUCUAGCACUUGCAUAUAGAAAUGUGAUUCAAAUUAAUAUGGCUAAAUUACUCCUUAGCGUACUUGCUUAGUUUGCGAUUCAACUUGUGCAACCUGUUCUGGCCCAAAUUAAAAUAAUUGCUUGUCUUGUAGUGGUUCUAAAUAUCUUGAUUUAUCAACAAAUUAAUGUGUCACUUAAUGUCCAAGUGGAACUUUCAAUGAUAAUUCAAAUAAUAAAUGCAGUCCAUGCAAUACUGAUUGUAAAACAUGUAGUGGACCUAAUAAUAACUAGUGUUUAAGUUGUUCUCUUCCUAAAUAUUUUUAAAAAUCAAAUGGAAUGUGUUUAGAAAAUUGCAAUUCGAACCAAUUUAAAGACAAUGGCUCAUGUACUGACUGUGAUGCUUCAUGUGCAGCAUGCUCAGGAGCUGAUGCAAAUAAUUGCUUAAAAUGUAGUGGUAGUCUAUUUUUAAAUUAAAAUACCAAUACUUGUGUUUCAUCUUGUCCAGACUCAUAUUACUAAAAUACCUCAAAUAAUACAUGUUCGAAAUGCGAUAUAACUUGUGCUACUUGUAAUGGUGGAACAAGUAGUAACUGCUUAACAUGUAAUUCACAGUUUAUUUAUUAAAAAUCUACUUCUAAAUGCAUUAGUUCUUGUCCAAGUGGAUAAUAUUUAAAUACAAACACAAACAAUUGUGAAUAAUGUGAUGCCACCUGCCUAAAUUGUGUAGGAGGUUCUAAAAAUUAAUGUGUAGAUUGCUAGUCUCCUAGAUAUUAUUAAAAAUCAACAACAUCAUGUGAAUUAUAAUGUUAACCAAAUUACUAUGGUAAUUCCUAUACAGCUUUAUGUGAGUAAUGUGAUGCCUCUUGUGCAACCUGUUCAGGUCCAAAUAAUAACUAAUGUUUAUCUUGCAAAAAUUCAUUAUUUUUACUAUAAGCUAGUGGAACAUGCGUCAGCAAUUGUCCAAAUGGUUAUUCAUAGAAUAACCUCCUUAAUUAAUGUUAAAAAUGUGAUUCUAGUUGUAAAGAAUGUUCAGGUACUUCAAAUACAUAAUGUACUUCAUGUAUUUCAUAACUAAUUCUAUUCAAUAACCAGUGUUUAAGCUAAUGUCCUUCUGGUUAUUUUAUUUCUUAAUCUAGUAAUUAGUGUGUUCCCUGCGAUCAAAGCUGUGAAAGUUGCAGCGGACAAUUAAGUAGCAACUGUCUUUCAUGCAAACCAGGUACCUUUUUGAUAUCGAAUUAAUGCAUUAGUAAAUGUCCAGAUGGAUAUUUUUAAAAUAACUAAGAAUGCUCAUAGUGUCAUCCAUCUUGUAAGACUUGUGUUGGACCUAAUUCUAAUUAAUGUUAAACAUGUUUUGAUUUGCUAAUAAAAUACAAUUCAAGCUGUAUUGUCGAAUGCCCUAAAUAAAUGUAUAUGACUUAGACUCCAUACAAGUAAUGCAUUGAAUGCAAUUUUUAUUGCAGUUCAGGUUGUAGUGGGCCAACAAAAGAAGAUUGUAAUGAAAUUAAACCAAUAUACCAAAUUAUAGUUUACAUUUUAAUUUCCAAGUCUUUUAUUUGGGUUAUAUCAAUAAUUGUAGGGUUUCUUAAGGAUAAUGCCUAACAAAUUUUACCUUUACAAAAAGUUGCUCCUUUAAAGAAUCUAAAGGAGAAUGAAUAGGAUCAUAUAAAUAAUAAUUAACUUAACUAAAAAGAUAAAAACUUAUCUUUAAUUGAGUUUUAACAAAAUGACCCUAACUUAUCACCACAUUCAAAAAUAGAAGAUUUUAAUGCUGAUUAAGGAAGUAAAUCUCCAAAUAUUCCAAUUAACUAGAGGGGUUCUAUUAUGGUUCUUCCAUAAACAAAUAACAAUUUAAUGUAAAGUAAAAAUUACCUUACUUUCAACAAUGAGCAAAAUGAAGAAGACAAAAGUCCAUAAGAAAUAGGGCGAAAAAGAAGAUCACGCAAGAUUGAUUUUAUUUUAAGAGGUAGCAUUUCAAAUUCUCCUUAAAAAGGAUAAUAAACUAUAUCUAACUUGAAUAAUAUGAAAUCUACAAUCUUAGACAAAGACUAAAAAUUCUUUCCUUAGGAUUAAACAACAGCUAAUAGGUCCUUAGUAUCAAUAUCACACUCUCCAACAAAAAGGAAUUUAUUUUCUCAAUUAAAUGAUACAAACUAGAAUAAAUACUCAGCUAAUGAAAAGCUAAAAUACUCAUUUGUAAUAUUUAUUAAUGAAAUAUGA